UUCCACUUAACUUUAUGUUUUGUUCAGUCCAAUGUUGUAACUUUUAAAUAGUAAAUGAUUGAUAAUUUGAUCAAUUACUCAGUAAACUUUUAACCAAAUACUUUUUUACUUUUAACUGAGUAAAAAUAUGUUGAAGUAGUGCUGCUGGUUCUCCACCCGCCUCUGGUGAUCGCUCAGGUUUUUCAGAAUUGGACGACAUGAGAGGCCAAACUCAACCUUACAAGUUCUCGUUCUGACACUCAGGAUCUCCUGGCCUCUCAUGUUAAUAAAUAUAAGAUACAAAUUAACCCUAAACACCAAAUUUUACAUAAAAAUCAGCAACAACUUGGCGAUUGAACAAAACCAGUCAAUAGUAUUCGGAUGAUUUCUGGUGAAUCUCCCUGAGUGUUAAUUCUCUAUUAACCUCAAUUGGAGCCAAUGAUAAUAAUGAAUUUGGUUCAUUAAUUAGUGUGGCUGUAGCCUGAUGUGUAUCCAUGUGGGGGCCUAUUCAUAGAAACUUCAUCUCCACAGAUUUGGAGCGUAAUAACUCACCUCAUUUCACAGGUAGGGAAGAUAUUUUCAGAGUUUUCCUGGUUAACGUUCGUGUUGCAAUCCGUCUGUCGUCCUCCUCAUUACUUAUCAAAGUCAUCUGUGACCUAGUUAAAGUUUUCUCUUGGAAGUCUCUGGUGUUUUAUACUGUUGACUGUUAAAGUGGAUCUGAAAUGUUUUUUCCAGGUUGGAAGGAUCUUUAUAAGCAAGAAUUGGAUGUGCAACAUAAAAUUAUUUUCUCUUUUUUAAAAUUGUCACAAGGAAUCAAUCUGAGAAAAUGAACCUUGUCUGAUCAGAUUCAGCAACUAUUUUCCAAACACAGUUGAGAGUUUCGUAUUCUCGUAACAGAACCAUGAUAUCUCUGUUUAACUUCAUUAAUCAGGAUUUUAACCGGUGCUUGAAAUCCUUGAAAAUCUUGAAUUUGGAUUACAUGUUCUCAAGGUUUGGAAAGAUUCAAACUGCACAGAUUUUUGGUAACAUUUGAUUAGGAGUCAAAAUUACAUUUACAGCUGGGAUCAGAUAUUUACAUACACCCAAUACAAAAAUACAGACACAUUUUUUUACCUCACUGUCUGGAUGAAAAUCAGACAAAAUGUUUCUUUUCUUAUUUUCAGUUAUUUCUGUUAGGUUGAUUAUGUAUAACACAAAUGUUAUACGUUAUAGCUUAACGUAUAACAUUUGUGUUAUACGUUAAGCUUUAUUGAAAUUGGGGAUUUUAUUUGUGUUAAAUUAGUGCAGAUGGUGAGUGAGACUUUUCAAAACAUGAAAUUUUGUUGUAUUUUAUUUUUGCCUUAUCCUCCUGAGACCCGGCCCAUUCAUUUGUGUCCUUUAUAGUGGACAUUUUGUUCACCUGUAUUUUCUUUUACUAUUUUGAGUUACCCUAUCAAGCCCUGCAUUACUCUUUAGAGGACAUCCUGGGCUUUCCAGUGAUGUGUCAUGUGAUAGGUUUGCAUGCUGGGAACUCACUUUUUCUUUUCAAUCAAAAUGGCUGGCAUACCAACAACCACAUUUUAUGGAAAGAGGAAAGGAGAAAGAAGUGAAGCAGAGAGGAUUUUAUACCGAAUAGUAGAGGGAGAUUCAGAUUUGGGGCUGUCAGAUGAGGAUGAGGAUGAGGAUGAGUAUCAGCCUGGGACAGGAGAAGAUGGUGAAGAAGAAGUAGGUGAAGAAGGAGAGGAAGAAGAUGCAGGAGUAUCUGAUGAGGAGACAGUCUCAGAGCCAGAAAGGGAGCAGGAAAGUCGUCGUGCUUUGUGGGCCAGGACUACCUUAUUCACACCUGUGCUACCUGGGCUUCCUGUCUGUCAAGAUGACCCUAAAAUCCGAGAACACUGGAGUCCAAUCCAAUACUUUUCGCAGUACAUCGACGACAAAAUCUUUGAAGAUUUGGCAGCUUUUACAAAUCAAAGACAGCUGCAAACGACAGGAGUGUCACUAAAUACUACUGCUCAAGAAAUCAAGAUUUUCUUUGGCAUAUCAGUACACAUGGCCUGCCUUGGCUAUCCCAGAGUUAAAAUGUUUUGGGCUAAAAAAACUAAAGUGCCAGUUAUUAGCAGGAAAAUGACAAGGGAUAGAUUCUACAAGCUGAGAAGCUCACUCAAGAUUGUUGAUGAUCUGGAUGUAACAGAAGAGACAAAGGAGUCAGACAUUCUUUGGAGAGUCAGACCAUUGCUUGACCGUGUGAGGCAAGGUUGUCUCAGACUUCCAAGGUAUAAUAAGGUCUGCAUUGAUGAGCAAAUCGUCCCUUUCACAGGCCGCUGUCCAGUCAGGCAAUAUGUCCCAGGCAAGCCAAACCCUACUGGCCUAAAAGUCUUUGUCCUUGCCUCUCCAAAUGGUCUAGUACUGGAUUUUGAGGUGUAUCAAGGGAAGAAUACGUUCAGGGGCCAAAGGUUGGGAGUUGGAGCUGCAGCAGUCUUGCGAUUGGUUGAAUCUCUUCCCACAGGAACCUGUGUAUACUUUGAUCGAUACUUCACAACAAUCGAUCUCAUGGAUGCUUUGCUUGCAAAGGGUCUUCCAGCAACUGGAACAAUAAUGAGGAACCGAGUACCAAAGCCAUGCCAGCUACCAGGAGAUAAGCAGUUGCGAAAAGAAGGGAGAGGAGCAUCAGUGACGAUGGUCCGGAGGAGGCCUGAGCUGGCAAUCACUAAAUGGUUUGACAAUAAACCAGUGUUGAUGGCUUCCACUGUGUAUGGGAAAGAUCCAGAAGAUAUCUGUAGCAGAUGGUCCAACAAAGAAAAGGCUCAUGUCCAGGUGCGACGACCAGCAGUGAUCAGAGAAUACAAUGACAACAUGGGUGGCGUAGACUUGUGUGACCGAAUGCUGAGCUUUUAUCGCAUGUCAACCAGGACCAAGAAAUGGACAUCACGUGUGAUCGCUCAUUUCUUUGAUGUUGCCAUUACAAACGCUUGGAUCCAAUACAAGUCUGACAGUAAAGCGAUUAAUCGAUCAUCUAAGAACACCCAACAGUAUCUGGACUUCAAAUUGCACCUGGCUGAAGAGCUGUUGGAUAGUCCUUCAUUUGAUGACAGCAGUGAAGACAGUGAAGAAGAGUAUCAGCCACCAACCAAAACAAGGAUCCCUCAACCAGAGCCCUCUGUACGCAGACUAGGGGCCAGGCACAUGCCAGAGAUGGUGGAUAUCAAGCAUGCAGAAAGAUGCAGGAAUAAGGGCUGCAAUGGCAAGACAUACAUGAGGUGUACCAAAUGCAAGAUGUUUCUCUGCAUCACCAAAAGGAAAACGUGCUUCCAGGAUUAUCACCGCUAAAAUAUCCAAAAGAAGAACUGUAGAACUGCUUAUGUUCAAUGUUCAACUAAAUACACAGGCAACUAUUGUCCUUGCAAGCAAUAAGCAACAGAAAACAACGAAGAGUGAUAAAGAAUUUAGUUUUUGAUCAAAUUAAAUUUAUUCUUUUGUUAAUAUUACUCUAAAGCGAUAAUCUGCUCAUUUUCUAAAUUCAGUUGUAUUUUUACACAAAAAUCAUCCUGUUGUCCACUACAGUGGACAUGCUGUGAAAUUAAAAAUAAAAAUAUUUUUAAAAAAAUUUUAAUUGUAAGGUGUUUUUUUAGACCCAAAUAGAUAGGAAAUCACACAAAAAAAGAAAUUGGAACACACUUUUUUUCUUCGGUUCCCAGGAGGAUAUUCCUGCUGCAGA